GACAGCGGUGCGCAGACCCCAGCCCCGCCAGCCGCCAGCCCGGCCCCCCGGGAUCGCGGGCUCGGCUGGGUCCCUGCCUCCAGCGGCUCCGGGCCCGCCCUGACCCGAGGCACAACCUCCACCCGGGCGCCCACCUGAGGAGGCGACGGCCGGAGCCCGGGGACCCGCAGCCCCAGCCCCCGCGCGGGCCGCGCGCGGCGGACGCCGGCUUUCCCCGGCGCCCCAGGCCCCCCGCGGGCCCGCGCGGCGCUCGGGGCCCUCCCCGCCCCCUCCGCGCCUCGCCCCGCCGCCCGCGGCCCCCACCCACCGGCCGCUCCUCCCCUCUCCCCACCCUCCUCCUCCGCCCCCUCCCCUCCCCCGCCGCCUCGCCGACAGCUCGGCCGCGCGUCUGAGCCGCCCGGGCCCCGAGCGCAGGCGGCGAGGCCACCGCACCUGCAGCGCGCCCGGCUGCCCGGCCCGCGCCUCCGCCCGCCGCGCGACCGCCUCGGCCCCCCGCCGGGUCUCCCAUGACGCUCGCGCCCCCCGGCCGGCGACAAUGACCACUUCCCUGCAAGAUGGGCAGGGCGCCGCGGGCAGGGCGGCUGCCCGGGACUCGCCGCUGGCCGCCCAGGUGUGCGGCGCUGCCCAGGGGAGGGGCGACGCCCGCGACCUGGCGCCGGCCCCCUGGCUGCACGCGCGGGCGCUCCUGCCCGCUCCGGACGCGACCCGCGGCUGUGCCGCAGACAGGAGAAAAAAGAAAGAUCUUGAUGUUCUAGAAAUGCCAUCUAUUCCAAACCCCUUUCCUGAGCUAUGCUGUUCUCCAUUUACAUCUGUGUUGUCAGCAGGCCUCUUUCCCAAAGCAAAUUCAAGGAAAAAACAGGUAAUUAAGGUAUACAGUGAAGAUGAAACCAGCAGGGCUUUAGAGGUACCCAGUGACAUAACUGCCCGAGAUGUUUGCCAGCUGUUGAUCCUGAAGAAUCAUUACAUUGAUGACCACAGCUGGACCCUUUUUGAGCACCUGCCUCAUUUAGGUCUCGAAAGAACAAUAGAAGACCAUGAGCUGGUGAUUGAAGUGCUAUCUAACUGGGGAAUGGAAGAAGAAAAUAAGCUAUACUUUAGAAAAAAUUAUGCCAAAUAUGAAUUCUUUAAAAACCCAAUGUAUUUUUUUCCAGAGCAUAUGGUGUCCUUUGCAACUGAAACCAAUGGUGAAAUAUCCCCCACACAGAUUUUGCAGAUGUUUCUGAGUUCAAGCACAUAUCCUGAAAUACAUGGCUUCUUACAUGCAAAAGAACAGGGAAAGAAGUCCUGGAAAAAGAUUUAUUUCCUUCUAAGAAGAUCUGGUUUAUAUUUUUCUACUAAAGGGACAUCAAAGGAACCACGGCAUUUGCAGUUUUUCAGCGAAUUUGGCAAUAGUGAUAUUUAUGUGUCACUGGCACGCAAAAAAAAACAUGGAGCACCGACUUACUAUGGAUUCUGCUUUAAGCCUAACAAAGCGGGAGGGCCCCGAGACCUGAAAAUGCUCUGUGCAGAAGAAGAGCAGAGUAGGACGUGCUGGGUGACUGCGAUUAGAUUGCUUAAGUAUGGCAUGCAACUGUACCAGAAUUACAUGCAUCCAUAUCAAGGUAGAAGUGGCUGCAGUUCUCAGAGUAUAUCACCCAUGAGAAGUAUAUCAGAGAAUUCCCUGGUAGCAAUGGACUUCUCAGGCCAGAAAAGCAGAGUUAUAGAAAAUCCUACUGAAGCCCUUUCAGUUGCAGUUGAAGAAGGACUUGCUUGGAGGAAAAAAGGAUGUUUACGCCUGGCUACUCAUGGUAGCCCCACUGCCUCUUCACAGAGUUCUGCCACAAACAUAGCUAUCCACCGGUCCCAGCCAUGGUUUCACCACAAAAUUUCUAGAGAUGAAGCUCAACGUUUGAUUAUUCAACAAGGACUUGUAGAUGGAGUUUUCUUGGUACGGGAUAGUCAGAGUAACCCCAAAACUUUCGUACUGUCAAUGAGUCAUGGACAAAAAAUAAAGCACUUUCAAAUUAUACCAGUGGAAGAUGAUGGUGAAAUGUUCCACACACUCGAUGAAGGCCAUACAAGAUUUACAGAUCUAAUCCAGCUGGUGGAGUUCUAUCAACUGAAUAAGGGUGUUCUUCCUUGCAAGUUGAAACAUUAUUGUGCUAGGAUUGCUCUUUAGCCAAUCUAGGAAUGUCUUGUUCAACUAUUGAAGAAAAGGACUCAAGAAAAAUAAGAAGAAAACAGAAUGACAUAAAUAAGGGUGAAAAUGUUACCAUGGUGAAAAGAAUCUAUUCCAUCUACAAGUUACAAAAUAGUUUAUGCAAUGCAGAUAAGCAAAGAUUUGGAUUGACAUUAUAUUAUCAUUUAAAAUUCAUUAGUUGAAAUUAAACUUCGGAAAAAAUGAUUUCUCGUGUUCUUGUGUGAUUUUAUAUUACUGUAAUAUUUUCUUCAAGUAGGAUUAUUUUUAAUGUCUUUUUGUCCUUGUUUAUUAUAGGGUUAUUAGAAUUCCCAACCACAAAAUAUAGGGGGAAAAUGGGAUUCAGAAUGAUUUCUCUGUAAAUCAAAUUUCAGUUACACCACUUUUUUUAAUAACUGAAGAAAUAGGAUAAAAACUUGAAUUAUCAAUUAAAAGAAGCUACUACACGCUAUUAAUAAAUCUAAAAUCUAUUGUAAAUUGUAUUUUUCUGAGUUUAUUAUAACCUUAAAAUCAAAUCAUAUUUUGGAGUAGUGGCUUAAAAUUAUUUUAAAAUUUAUUGUUUUUUUUUUUUUUUCAGAAUGACUUGUAUUACAUUAUUAAAUCAUUAGUUGCACAGUAAUAUUUACAUUGAUGUUAUGCCUAUUAGUGGCAUAUUAUUCAUUGCACUUUUUUAUUAAUGAUCAGUUGAAACUAUUUGAUUUUAAGAAAAUGAAUAUAGCGAUUUAUAUACUUUACACAUGCCUUCUUGUGGCAUCAUCUAUGACAAUAUAACCAUACCACCUUAAUAUUUCACAUUUUCCUCAUAUUAUAACUCCCAGAAGGCUUUUUAGUUCCUUUUACUUCUAGAUCAUUAACCAGGUCAUAAUUGGUAAAAUCAAAGAUUUAAAAUAUAUAAGGAUCCUAGUAGGUAAAUCUCUACUAUUCAGUUUGUGUAUCUCCUUUCAGUUUCUUAUUUUGGCAAAUCAAUAUAAAAGCCAAAGAUUUUGGACACUUGAGACACUAGCCCCCCCUUAUUACCUCUUUGAGACAAUCUGGGAAAUUUUUGUUGGAAUUCUUAUUCUGAUUUUUCCACUUUUUAUGGAAAAGAUAUUCGUUGUUCUAAAAAAUAUGAGAAAUGAAAUGUCAAAUAAACAUUAAAAUCAUACAAAAUAUUGCCCAUCUCCUCUGAUUUAUAAUAAUAUGGUUGGGAAGUUAAGACAAUCUUUUUAGAACAUUUUAAAAUAUGGAUGUAGUGUGUAGACAUGCAUAUGAAGAGGUAUGAACUUGUUCCCCUAAAUCAUGUACAGCGUUAUAAACCAAUGUUACCACUAUUUAAAAAUAUAAAAUAAUAUA